AUGGAAACCUCCACAAGAUUUCAAGAAAUGAAAAACCCAUCUCCGUUAAACUCUCCUCACAGCAAUGGAAGCAACAAUGGGGUCCAAAUUCACACCCCACCACUCACUCCAAUACCCAUCUCCAGAUCUGACACUAACCCUUACCCAACAACCUUUGUCCAAGCGGACACUUCUACUUUCAAACAAGUUGUCCAAAUGCUCACUGGCUCAACAGAAACAGCAAAGCAAGCUUCCUCAAAAACAGCCCAAGAUCCACCAACAACACCAACUCAAACUUCAAGAAACUACAACAUCCCUCCUAUCAAGAACAUGCCCAAGAGACAACAAAACAGCUUCAAACUUUAUGAAAGAAGGAACAACAGCUUCAAAAACAGUCUCAUGAUCAACACUUUAUUGCCUAGUUUUGCAAAUACUAGUAACCCUUCACCAGUUACUGGGUUUUCACCAAGAAACAAGCCAGAGAUCUUGUCUCCAAGCUUGCUUGACUUCCCUAAACUUACACUUAGCCCUGUAACUCCAUUAACCGAAGACCCUUUUAACAAGAGCUCACCUUCUUUAGGGAAUUCAUCAUCAGAAGAAGAGAGAGCAAUAGCAGAGAAAGGUUUUUACUUGCAUCCAUCACCUAUAUCUACUCCAAGAGAUUCAGAGCCUCAGUUGUUGUCACUUUUUCCUGUAACCUCACCAAGAGUUUCAGGCUCUUCGUCUUGA